GAUUUAAUCCAACAAAUUGGAUAUCUGGAGCUGAAGAAUCUGUUCCAAACUCUAUGAUGGAUAUAUAUUAUCCUCAUCAUUUAAUUGCACCUACUCAAACUCAAACUAGUUCAGUUCGUGCGUUUCCCAUUCCUUUCCUUGUUCCUCCUGUUUCUGGAAGUGAUAAAGAAAGUUUUAUUUUUUCUUUAGAUAGAAACAAUCUAGAAAAUUCCAUAUUUAGUAAAGAAAGUGUUUCAUUUAGUUCCAUGCCAGAAAACGGUCCAACAUUUGGAAUUUCAGAUUUACGUCUACUCUUUAAUUCGACCAACAAAGGACAAUGCUAUAAGAAACAUUACGAAAAAUUAAUUAGAAAGUAUGAGGGAACUUUUGAAAUUAGUGAUUAUGAAGUUUAUCAAGUUCACUUGCACCCGAAAAAUGUAAUUGAAAGGUUUGAGA